UUCUUGGGGUCCUUGAGUGCAUCUUCGGCUGGGGAGGGGUUUACUUCCCGGAAGACGGCGAGACUGCUGUGGCUUGACGAGGACUCAAAACCAAUUAUACAGUCUAGUUUGCUUAACCUUCCUUGCUCCAGACCAGGAUGAUUGAUGUUCGAGCAUGGGCAGAGUACAUAGUGGAAUGGGCCGCCAAAGACCCCUAUGGUUUCCUCACCUCUGUCAUACUAGCUCUAACACCUUUCUUCAUCGCCAGCGCAUUGCUGUCCUGGAAACUGGCCAAAAUGAUCGAAGCACGUGAUCGAGAGCAGAAGAAAAAGCAGAAGCGUCAGGAAAACAUAGCCAGAGCCAAGAGGACCAAGAAGGACUGAAUGUCACAAUACGAGGACGAGGGCACAAAAAAGGAAUAUGGAACCAUCAUAAACCACUGCCUUCUUUCUUCCAAAUGACAUGGUGUCCUUCCCUGUUCGAGCUGUAAUGUCAACACAGGGCUACUAUGCCUUACACAUAGGAGGCGUGGUGUUGGCCCUACAGCCUUUGACAGUGCUGAGAGGGAUGCCAUCGCCUACGGAAGGCUUGUCCUGCUGGGACUCUGGUCAGCAAGAGCUCAGCGGUUAGCCAAGUGAUGUUUUUAUAUCAACACCUGUAGUUGUGCAGCUGUUAAAACGCCUUGCAUUCCAUUGUUGACACCUCAGUUUAAUUCAUUUGACUUGACCGUUUAAUUGUCUUUUGAUCUCUUUUUCAGCUACUUUGCUUGAGAGCAUCCCAAAGUAUUAACUUUUUGUCAAUAAAAUCUUAUAUGGAUAAAAAUGUGAGCUUUUAGAAAAAAGUGUAAGAGCUUCUGAUUUUGUAAACAUUCAAAAGAUGAUAAAUCAGAGGGUCAGACUUAAUUUUCAAAUAGAAUACAUUUUUAAAAAUAUUUCAAAGUUGCAAAAAACUCAGCUUUGCAAGGAUGCACAUUUGGGUUGUUUUUAAAUUCUACAGAGCAACAUUUUUUAAAAUGCAAGUGGAUAUGAUAAAAAUGACAAGGUUCAGAAAGAAAUGUCACCAGGUUAAAUUGCUCAAAGUGAUGUCGGAGACUAACUUGUUGCAGUGGAUGCAUAUAUUAAUAAAUAGCUACAUUUAACAUGAAGUCAUUCCUUUUUUCAAUAUAUGGACAUUUCCAUUAACAUUUGUAGCAACAGACUCUUUGAAACAGUAGAAAAAUAAGACAUAUUGAAUGUUUUAAA